AUGCGGCGCUCGCUGCGCUUGUGGUGCAGCAAGUUGGACCUGGAUGGCAACCCCUCUCGCUACUUUCCGCGCUUCCGCCCACGGCGGCUGGUCAUGCCGGUGGAUCCGAACGACGUCCACAGCGACAAGCGGCAACCUAACCCGUUAUUCAUGAAGGUAAAGGCGCAAAAACGCCAGCGGCGCCGUGCCGAGAUGCGCGGCGCCGUGCAGCUGGCUAGCGUUCCCAAGGAGCGCAGCGUGGGGGACGUGUACCGGCUCCUGAUGGAUGCCUGUGAGACGCAGAGCUUGUUCUCCGAUGCCGCGCUAACGCCGCUGACAGUGCGGGAUCUGGAGUCUCUCCUGAAGGCCUACAACGCCGCCAGCGCAGUGCGGCGACGCUCUGUUCAAGGGCAAGCAGCUCCCCCGGAUGGUGGAGCAGCGUCGGUCGGAGAAUCAACAAAGGAGCAGGGCUCGCCGCGUGAUGACAACGCGCCGCAACACAGCACUCCACUAUACUCGCGUGCCUUCCAAGCGACUCCAUCGCCGGUCGCCGCAUCGUCCUUCGCCUCCGCCGCUGCCGCUGACGCACUCUCCAUUCGCGAAGUGGAUCAAAUGUGGUCGAUGCUCGAUCACACACCCCUCAACGCCCCCGUGCACGGCGCACUCGCCCUACGCGGGGACGCGCUGAUCCGUUCCGUAUUGCUGGAGCUCACCUACUCUGCUUAUCCGCGGCUGCGCUCAAAGCAUGUGCAGCAGUUGCUGCAUGAGACGACAGGGUUGCUGCCGUGCGGCCGCAUAGCCAUGCGGAUCGGCCUCGCCGAGCACUGCGGCGUAGAAGGUGACAUAGCCAUGUGGCGUGAGCUCAACGUCCUCUCGGAGCGCAUGCGCAUCGCGCGAAGGGAGGCGGCGGCGCACCUGCAGCGCGUCGAGAAGGGCAUAGCAGCGCAGCGCCGGUGGUACUGGAGGGCGGUGUUGCGCUCCGCUGCUGCGCGGCUGAAGCUGUUUCCGGUGCACAAAGAGGACCUGCAGCCGCGGAUGCAGUGGGUGCGCAGCUUUCUCUGUGCCUUUGUCGCCUUUGUGGAGAUGGCGGAGACGUCCGGCGACGCCCAUGCCCGCGUUCGACCGCUCAUCUAUCAGCUGUUUGCGAGUCAGCUGGCACGCCAUGUACGGGCCCGUCAGAUCAUCGAGGCUGCAGAGGCCAUUGUUGCCGCCACGUCCGAGCACGACGCCCGUGUAGAUGCUGCUGCAGCAGCUCCCUCGGCGACCCCGCCUCUAUCACCGCCUUGGGGUGAUAAUGAAGCGAGUGUCGAAGCGCUCUGCCGUCGCGUCGCUGAGGAGCUGGCGCGGGUCAAGUCCCGCACUGCAGACGAGGAGGAGGUGCUGGAGGGCCGCGCACACCCAAUGAACAGCAGGGCCGACCGGCGGCGCGAGCAGUUUGAGUCAAGCGGCGGCGCUCAUGGUACCCAGAUGCUCCACGACGAGACCCUCGAGAGGCACGCGGAGGACUACGGUCAUCUUGCACCACCGCUGCUGCUCCACGCACUUGAGUCGUCUAGCCCGAAUGCGUUCAAAGAGGCGCAACUUGUCCUCCGCUAUGCGCCACAGGUGUCCGAGAAACUGCGUCGAUCACCGAUCGACGUUGAUCAGGUGGUACGCCGCGUCGUGGAUGUGCAGGAGACAAACAACUACGCCUCACUGCACAACACGCAGCAGUAUCGCCAGGUUGAGUAUACUGUGUGCCGCCUCUACGCCGGACACUACUGCCUGGGCGAGGGGAAGAGCGAAACGCUCAUGUCGGCGAUGCAGGAUGCAUCCAUGCAGAUGCUGCUGAAUUACUACCUCCGGUUUCCCUUGUCAGCACCAUCUCCGCUCGAGUCGCCGACGCAGACGGAGGGGAACAGUGAUGGUGCCAGUCAUGGCAGUGGCAGUGCUGCUACCGCGACGGCACACCUCCGUGACGGCGACGAAGGCAACGCGGGUGGCGUGCCGGCGCCGCGGAUUCGGCCGCCGAAGACGGAAGAAGAAGUUGUACUGUAG